AUGCCGCUCGCACCGGUAGCAAGUUCCAUGAUCUUGGCCGUGAAAUUUGCUGACGUUAGUUGGGCUUGCUAUCGUCGAGUUUUGGCCGGAAAACGUGUUGCUCCGCAGUGGGUUAGAAGAACGUUGGUCUGUGAACGGCAAGAAGAUUGCCAACGCGAAUGUGCCGAUGAACGAAGGUUCCCCUGCGAAGGUUUUAACUAUCGAUUGGACCCCACCGGCAGAGGCCAAGGCGAUUGUGAGCUGAUUGACCAACCGCUAACACAAAUAGACCUAUACUCAAGCCCUCACCAACGAGAUGCCAAUCUAAUACGUGAUCCCGAUUACGAUUACUUUGAACGGGAUCGAAGUGCUUCCCCAUUUUGUCGACCCAACUAUGGGUGUAAGGACUGUGGAAUGAAACCAUAUCGUCCAAAUUUGGACUACAUUCGACCCACAACCUAUCGACCUCAUGCCUAUCCAAUGGGUCGACCUCCGUUUGGUGAAGACAGUUACAAACCGAUAACAGCUGUCGACAAGUAUCGACCUCCGAUGUACGGCCGUCCAGAGUUCGAACGGUAUGGUUCAAACUAUUUCCCACCUCCAAGCGACAACUUCAGGCCAUCUAUAUCCUACAAACCUUUCUACGGCAGCGAAAUCGACCGUUAUGGAUCAGUCGAUCAAGAUACUUACAAACCGGCGCACACUGGUCCAUACGUAAGCGGUACGUACGAACGUCACGAUUACUACCGCCCUCCUCCAUUCACCUACCAUGAGGAUCGUCCCAUGAUCCAUCGACCACGUCAUCCAUACGAAGACCGCGAUCCUCCUCCACAGCCUCCAGCACAACCGCAAUAUCCCUCACAUAACGAAAAACCCAACAGCUUCAUUCCAUACCUCAUAGGACAGGACGCUCAUAAAAACUGGGGCACCUAUGGUGGCUCCUACGGCAACAGCGGCACCGAUUCCUACAAAUCCAUUUCAGAUUACUGGGGCCUCCGGAACGAGGUCAAACGGUACGAUGGUCCAACUGCAUUCAACUACUUUGAACUCAAAAACGAACAUCAUGUAGAUGACAACGCAAUCUGGAGCUAUGGUGGACCAAAGUAUAGCUAUGAAGACUCGCACGCCCUUAUUAUACCUGAUCAUCGGCCACUUGACCGAAUUCCCUACGGACACCAGUGGAGCAGACGGCCGGGCAACGAAGAAUGCUCGGUGAAGACUAGCGAAGGUUUCCGGUUGCAUCGAGGAGUUGUGAAAUAUUCCCUCAAUACGCCCACGGUAAUCGAUUGCGAACGAAUGUGUACCACAGAAUCGCGAUUCCGUUGUCGAACCUUUAGCUACCGAUACUCGCUGGUGUCCCGGGAAAACUGUUUGCUGUGUGACAGACCGUACAACCUGCUAGACUUCUACGCCGAUCUGGAGCCCGACCGAGAUUACGACAUUUACUCGAUGACCGAAGACCCCAAAGCCUGUCAGCUAGAAGUACAUCCACCGAUACGGGAUACGAGUGCACAAUGUUUCAUUCGCAUGGUCGACUCGUCCCGGUUCUACAAGGCAAUCGUACGCGACUCGCUGACCGUUCGAUCGGUGGGCGAGUGUGAACUGGAGUGCAUCAAAUCGUCAAAGUUCACCUGUCGUGCGUUCACCUACAGCUUUGGACCCCAUAGCAUCAAUUCGGUUAUCGACAAUUGUCAGCUGUCGGACUGGCCGGUCCGGGAUAUGGACAAGGAGCGGCAUCUGGUGUUCGACGAAGGAUUCGAUGUGUUCGAGCGGGCUAGCUACGGGCAGGGUUGCGAAAUUCAGCCCAUUAUCGAUGAUAAACAUCAGAAGAAAUUCUGUUAUCUAGGAUAUGGUUCUCCAGCAAAAUUGCUCUCAUCAGCUAUUAAGAAAGUAAUAUCGGUCAACACGGAAUUGGAUUGUAAAAACGAAUGUGCCCGUCUUAGAGAAAGCUCACCGUUCAAGUGUAUGUCGUUUAGUUUUGGAUCGCAAGCAUCGACUUACAACUGUGAGAUGUCGGAUCUGGACCAAAGUGAACUGAAACUUGGAGUUCAUUAUGCACACACUAAUGAUCGCGACUUUUGGCUGUUCGCAUGGAAUCCGUUCGAUUACACGUGUCGAGACAAAAUAAUAACCAUCAGCAGUGGGUCCAGCAAUGGUGGCAACCGGAAUCGUAUGAAUCACGAUCGCCGAAUGGAUGUGUUCCGAGAGCCGGGAGACGGAAGCUGGCGCCAGUAUACGGUUUCCGGGAAGGCCUGCCGGCCGGAAUCCAAAUGCGAACGCAACAAGGUGACCGGGUUUUACUCGUGCGAGAUCGAGGGUGGUGAGAUCGGGUCGUGGGACUACUGCUGCAAACCGGAACACCCGUGCGGCUACUCCCAAGGGUUCGAGUACCCCUGGUGCUUCGUGGGCGAUGCUCCCGACCAGUGGCGCAAGUGCAGCGAUAAGUACUUUCCCCCGAAACCUCACCAUCAGCAGCAGCAGCACUACCAACAGCAUCCCAAUGGACUCGCCAAUGGUUCGCGUCAUCAAGACAAGAAUAAAAAGGGUGAAAUCUAUCAGCCACCACCGAAACCCGGUGGAUUGAGGCAUCUGGACGAGGUGACGGCCCCGGCGGAAACCUGGCCCGUAACGUUCUUCUACGAAAAGGGCCCUCCCGGAAUCGGUUCCACCGCUGCCAUGACCAGUGGCAACGUGACGACGACCGAACAACUCAGCAGCAACGUUGUGGAUUGCAAGAAAGAUAAAUGCUAGUGAUACGAUAUUAUUUUAUUUUAACCCUAGGCCCCGGAAACCCGUUAACAUUACUUUGAUGAUCAACAAAACUAGCCAAUGAAGUGGACUUUCAAGGGACAGUAGCAUUGAACAAUAUUUGUUUUUUAAAUCGAUUUGCUAGGUGAAAAAUUAACAACCAAAUUGGAAGCAAGUUUAGUAAAGCAACAUUCAUAAAACUUCGAAGUUACCAAUUACCACACACAUGACGGAUUAAAAAAUAAAUAAAUGAAACAAUUUUUUAAAACCAAGUAGAUAACAUCAAUUAGUGGUAUUACUCAAAAGUUUUGCAAAAGCAACUUAUGAAACAUUAUUAACAAGACCUUAAAUGUUGAAGUCCACUUCAUACACUCAUGAAUUCUCAACAAUAGCUGAUAGAAUCAAAACUUAGCUAGUGAAGUAGAAGCCUCAUAAGAAUCCGACCCAGAACAGCUUCAAUAAGUUCAGUUUUCAGAAUAAGUCUUCUAAUAGCAGUAAACUGGCCUACGGAAUUUACGAAAAACAUCUACAAAUUUUGCCAAACUUAUCGACACUUUCAUUUAAAGUGAAUGCAAAUGCAUUUUUUAGGAUUUAAAAGAAAAAAGUAACAUGAAAAAAUCUUACCACUUUCUUUAUCGUUCACGACGAUCGAAAGCCUAUCGCGUAUGUAUGGAUUAUACAUUCUCGUAUAGUCUCGUCGUGAUAGCAUAAUGAAUGGCGAAAUCACUCGAUAACCAUAAAGAAAGCUGGCGACAAAAUUCAUCUCAAAGGAAAAUAAUGACAAAUCAUCGUUGCGUGUAAGAGCGUGUCCUGAUCUGCUGUUAUUUGAAUGUAGUACCGACUAAGCUAUAGACUGUAAACCGAUAGUUUUAACAAAUGUAAGGCGUUUGCUGUACAAUAUAUCAAAUAAAAUCUCAUUUGA